GUGCCGUUUGAAUGGUUUUGCUGUGUGCUGCUGAGAGAGUCACAGCGCCCCCUCCCGGAGACAAACAGCGUCACGUGUUUCAAAAGUGAAAGUAAAAAUGCAGUUCUGCCAUUUUGUUGAAGACGGAAGACAUUUUAGCCUGGGUUGUUUGUGUGCUUCUUUUCUGGACUCUUUCGUGAAGAAAUAGCCUUGAAGAAGGAUAAAGGACUUUGACAUGAGGAGGUUUCAGAACACAGUGUCGAUGAGCGAGGGAGAUGAUGAAGAUCUACGGCUGCUGCUGAUCGGUAAAACCGGAUCUGGGAAAAGCGCCACCGGGAACAUCAUCUUUAACGAUCGAGUGUUUAAGUCAGUAAUGAGCUCUUCAUCAGAGACCAGAUCCUGUCAGACACACACUGGAUCUGUUAAUAACAGGAGUGUAAGAGUCAUCGAUACUCCAGACUUCAUCUUCUCCACUCACACUGACUUUGAUUCAGACUCAGAGCUGAAGAAAGCUCUUGAAUCAUGUUCACCAGGAGCUCAUGUGAUCCUGCUUCUUCUGUCUUUAAGCACUUUCACUGAGCAGGAGAUGGAUUUCACAGGUUGGUUUGAGCAGAAGUUUGGUGCAGAAGCUCUCAGAUUUACUGUAGUGCUCUUCACUCAUGCAGGUCAGAGACACAUGAUGACACUAGCAGAAAUGAUCAGGAUGAAUCCUCAAUUAUCUGAUUUUAUUAACCGAUGUGGUCGGAGAUAUCUUGAGUUUAACAUUAAAGCUCCAGCAAACAGAGGACAGGUGACUGAACUCAUAGAGAAGAUCGAUAUACUCGUGUCUGAGAACACAAACUCCUGCUACACACUCGACAUGAUGCAGGAGACUGAGAGGAGAAGAAAGGAGAGAGAGAGAAGAGCAGAGGAGGAGAGGAGAGCAGAGGAGGAGAGGAGAAGAGAGGAGGAGAGGAGAGAGCGGAUAAGAGAGGAGGAGAGGAGAGAGAGAAAACACCAGAUGGAAUUAGAAAGAGUCAAAAUAGAGACAGAAAUUAGUGUGAGGAGAUAUAUUGAACAGGAGAAACAGAAGAGAGCAGAGGAGGAGAAGAGAAAAGAGAAUGAGAAGAGAGAGAAAAUAAGAGAGAAGGAGAGGAGAGAGAGAGAACGCCAGAUAGAAUUAGACAGAGUCAGAAUAGAGACAGAAAUACGUGCGAAGAGAGAAUUUGAGCUCAAAUUAAAGCAAGAAAAAGCCAAGAUUGUGGAGAACAAAAAGAAAGCUGGGAAACAGCUGAAGUAUGUUAGUGUUCUUAUGGUUUUUGCUGUGAUGUCAGGAGGUGUUUUGGUGUGGAGGAGAGACUCUUCACAUGGAGGGAUGUUCAUUAAGGGUUUCAUUGCAGGAGGGUCUGUAAGAGUUCUCACUGGGAUUCUCUGGAGAUUGAUGUUGAAGAGUCAGUUUAUCUGUUCAUCUUCUCACGAGCGUCCCAGCGCUUUUGGACAGAUAUUACUGCAGACAGCAGGUGUUGCGUGUGGUGGUAUAUUUGCUGGAGCUUUUAUUCAUCAAUUUAAAGGAGAAAAUCUACUUCAUAUUCCUGUGUUACCUGGAGCUGCUGGAGCUCUCACAGGAAUAAUUACGAGCUCCAUAUUUUCAUGUUUUUACAAAAAUGUUUAAAUGAUAUCAUUGAGAUGUAAAAAAAAUGUGUAUAUUAUAUGCAAUUAUGCCGUGGUGUGUCGCCAAAAUUGUGUUCUACGUUAUUUUAGAGCUCAGCUUGUCAUGUGAUUAAUUGGGCAGCUUUGUUGCAAGUGAAACUGAAAUGAAUUAAAUCUGUAAGCUUUUAUGAUGACUGCCUUCUUUUAAACACCAAUCUUAAGCAGACAUUUAUAUUCAAUAUAACGGAGGCCAGCUGGUAGUUGCUGUGCGAGUAACCCUCACUCCUCUGAUCUCAAUAGGCCCUCUAGCGACAGAGGCUGCGGUCUUUAGCCUCCUUGUGUCUGACUCUCAUGCCAAAGACCCGGGUUAAAGGCCGCACAGGGGUGCGUUUCCCGAAAGCAUCGUUAGCCAACUAUGGUCGCAAGUUGGUCGCAAUUUCCACUGAACUCUAUUGG